AUGAAGCUGCUCUCUCUGGCACUCGCAGCUGCCACCGCCAUCCCCACUGCCCUCUCAUGGGGAGCCGCAGCUCUCUGGCACGUAUCAGGCCAUGAAAUGGUGGCCACUAUCGCACAGAUUCACCUGCACCCGUCCACAAAGGAGAAGCUCUGCAGUAUCCUUCCACUAGAAGCCAACUGCCAUCUUGCGCCGAUCGCUGCGUGGGCAGACCAGAUACGGAACAGAUACCGGGGUACUGCCCCGAUGCACUACAUCAAUGGCAAGGGAGACCACCCUCAAGAUCAUUGUGAAUUUGGAGAGCAUGGCUGGGUGAAUGAAGAUGUCAAUGUUGUCACCGCCAUCCAGAACUUUACGCGUGCAAUCACAGAUGGAAAGGGUGGACGCGAUGUGGACAUUCCAUUGAGGUUCUUGGUGCAUUUCAUCGGAGAUGCCCAUCAGCCCUUGCACCUGGCGGGAAGACUAAAGGGAGGGAACGGAGCGAUGUUCUUGUUUGAAGGGCGACACAGGAACCUGCAUUCGGUAUGGGACGGCGGUAUAAUCACCAAGAACAUUCGUGAACUUUCCAACUAUACUUCUCCUCUCCCCUCGAAACAGAUCGAAUCCGCUCUCCCUGGCGCCAUUUUCGACCCCUAUGUCCGUUGGAUCGUAUGGGAAGGUAUCCGUCAAUGGUGGCGCGAUGACCUCGAAGAAUGGCUCUCAUGUCCAUCCGACGGCGACCCUUUCCCACACUCCUCCCAAGCCGCUGUCCCACCCUCUGCCUCUACCUUCCUCAAGGACAACUUCCGCUCAGUGUCCUCCUUGGCCUUGUCGCUCAUACCGGGCCGACUUGCUGCUCUGGCCGACCUGUACUAUGCCCUUCCUCUGAAAGAGACCCAAGGGUUUGAAGACCAGGCGCUUGCGUUGACUCCCGAGGUCCUCAAGGCCAAGGGCGUCAACAUGUCUUUCCCUGCCUGUCCGUUCCACUGGACGUCCGGCAUCCACCAGCUCAACUGUGACAUUGUCUGGCCUGCUGCCUUUACAGAUGAGCCCGGACAAGCGUUGAUUGAGCUCGACACGGAUGAGUAUCUGGGAGAGAUCGGGAGACAGAAGAUUGUGGAGAGAUUGCUGGCCAUGGCGGGCUUGCGGCUGGCCAAGGUGCUGAACGAGGCUCUGGCGGACGAGGGAAGCGGUGUCGGCGGUGUCUACUUUGGGUACAAGUAG